AUGGAGGGUCCGACUAUCCAUUCGGGUCGUGGUCAUAUCAGCGGAACUGUGACAUCUCCGCAAGAAGCUACUGCUACUUUCAAUGCAAGCUCUCCUCAGGCUGUUUCGCAGAGAAUGGACAACAAAUCCCGGGGAAACGCUGAUGCAAAUCAUCAUGCUACCGAUACGGAUCGUCCACCAGAUGACACAUCCGCCGGACUCCCCGAACCUGGGUCCGUCAAAAGCAAAAUUGGACUGUUUACCGCGCAGAGUACGCAAAAAGCAUCGGAGGGGGAGCGUGAUAAAUCUGCGACUUCCAGGCCGCGGCCUUCCCAGCAGGCUGCUGCACAACUCGCUAUGCAGAAACCACCGGUGCCAUUGAACAAACCUGUAAUCUUGGGAAGAAUGAAGUCAACGCCAGAACUGAAGCAGACAGAGCCUCAGGGAAACGACGAUAUAGCUGGCCCUGAUUUUCCAAUGUCGAAGCCCUUUCGCAACAUGACGGCAGGCGCCGACACAUUUGAAAAGCUUCUCCAAGACAACAGGGAACUACUGGUCAGAAACCCACCAAUUCCUCAUCGAAAGCCUGCAACGCAGCUAGCUACUUCACCCAGGCCCCCAGAUAUCGCUCCAGUGUCUGCUACAAAACCCCGUCCUACUCCACCUCUGCCUCGGAAAGGAGGUGCAAAACCGGUCUCGAAAAGCCCUAGCCCCGAUGAACAGAAGAUUUAUGGACAACAGAGCCACGAACCACUUUCAAAUUCCGACGUGGAUCUUAGAGGUGCUGAUGAGGCGAGACCGAAGCUCCCACCGCGGCCAGACGCUUCACCUAUGGCACAUAUUUCCCCCACUGAUCCUCGCGUUCUGCUGGAAGCGCACGAACAUCGCAAGCGUCCUUUGACUCCUAGCUCUCCAUUGUUGGCCAGAUCUUCACAGAACAACGGUAGUAGCCCUGACCUCAUCGACCACUCCUCUGGUAUAGACGAGGAAGGACUGUCGGAUGCGAUAGUUGCAUCAUCACUGGCCCCAAGGAAAGCACCAUCCGCAAAAAAAGUUCCUCCACCCCCUCCACCCCAACGGCAACUCAGGACCCAUUCGCUUCGGCCGCCGACUAGAGCUGGUGAAGAGGAAUCCGACAAUCACAAGCACAGAAAGCACAUUAUACCCAGACACCCACACAAACAUCACGAGGGCGAUCGAAAACGAUGGCAAAGCGAGGUAACCGACAACGAGAGGAAGAGGUACGAGGGCGUUUGGGCUGCAAACAAGGGACUGCUGAUACCUAUCAGCGAUUCGAAGGAACGAUCUUCGCAUGAGGAAACGUUCGGCGAAGGUUAUCCUCCAAGUGCAUCUGAGAUGGUCCUGAACAUUGUUGUUCGCGACAUUUGGUCCCGAAGCCGCUUGCCGUCGAGCAUUCUGGAGCAGAUCUGGAAUCUUGUUGAUCGGCAGAAGAUUGGACUAUUGACGAGAGAAGAGUUUGUAGUCGGCAUGUGGUUGAUAGACCAACAGCUUAAAGGCCACAAGCUUCCAGUGAAGGUGCCGGACAGCGUCUGGGACAGCGUGAGUGGCGUACCCGGCAUCAGAAUACCCAAGGUGCCUCCCCGAUAG